UUUUUAACUUUUACUUUUACUAUUGCUAAAAGGGUUUUCGGAAAACCUAAAUUCAACCUCUUAAAUUUUAAAAAAGAAAGUCAAGUAGGCCUUGGAGUACAUCUAACCAGAUCGGUUAACGUCAGUAUAGUUCGGUUUUCCAUUGUCGCAGAUGAUUUUCAAACGCGUCGCAAGUAAUAUCCAGUUUAACAAUCAGCUCCCUAUCGUGCCUCUUUUUUUGCGACAUACUCAGAUCCAAAUUUUAGUUAUUUAUGUUCCGUGCCUUAUAUCGCCGGCUGCGCAAGCGGAAGCAGCCACAUCGACGCGAACAGGGGGACGACGUGCCCACUCUUAUCAAUAUCCAGGCGCAGGCAAAAAUUGAAGAAGAAUUAGUGAAAGAAAACAACGACAACGAGGCUGCCACCACCUCCUCUUCCACAUCCACCACUGUGGCCAGCAAGAGCCAGCAAACACUGCCCACAAACACCGAGCAUCUGAAGGUGCUGGCCACUCGCCAGCAGAUACUCAUGCUGUUGAGUCGUAUCUGCGAUGAGGCCGAAGGCGAUAGCGACACCAGCCAGAUUGUGCUAGAACUGCUGAGUAGCUAUGACGGUGUCAUGAUGCCAUCACCCUCACCCAUUGACCGCGUGUCCAAGCAGCUCCUGGGCGUGCUGCGCGAGCAGACCCUCAUCAAUGCCGGCAUAGCCCCAGGCAACGAACGCUAUCACUGCUUUGAGAGCGUCGUGCAGAACUACACCAAGAUCUACGCGGCCCGCCGCUUCAUGGAGCAGCUGCCAGAGUUGGGUCGGCGAGGUGCUCCCCAUGUGGCAGCCAACCAGGUUCUGCAGAUACCCCUGCUGCUGCGCCAGCUCUGGGGAUCGCUGGACAAGAUGGAGUUCUUCAACGAAGACACUGCCUUUAAGGCCUAUUUGGAGGCACGCCACCAUCCGCAGGCGCGCAUUCUGAGCGAGCUCCUGCUGACCCGCAUCUCGCGCGUCUUUCUUUGCAUUGUCAGCUCCACCAUGUUCCUGGAGUUCACAGAGCACGAGCUCCUGCACAUCCUGCGCAAUUGCUACCUCAGUGUCAACUCGGAGAUCGAGAUCUUCCUAUCAAUGGUACUCUGGAUGGAGCACAACUGGACAGAGUCCGACAACUGUCCCGAACGCCUCCUGUCCAAGGUGCGCUUCGGCCUGAUGCCCACCUGGUACCUAACCACCAUGGCCAGGGCCAAUCGCUGCCAGCACUUCAACCGGGUGAUCUGCAGUCCCGGCGUGCAGCGCUUAAUAGACCAGGGCUUGCAGGAUGCCAUCACCCUGAAGACGAAGCCACGCUUCUCCUCCACCAACGACAUGGGGUCAGAGGGACCAACAGCUAAGCAGUCGCUGCCGGAGGAGACUCACCUGCCGCGCGACUGGAUUGUCGACACCGAGUGUCUCUAUCACCACAAGUGCCACUGCCGGUACUUCGUGUACCCCACCUACGAUGUAUUCAAGAGUAACCUGGCCAGGAUCAUUUGCCGCUCGCCCAGCUACUGGCACACCUUCCGGCCCGCCCAGGAGGUUUACCGCAGAGACUUCCGUUGCUGCUCCUCGCCCUACUUCGACUAAAUCGAUGCCAUAUUCAUUCCAUCGCCCUCAUUACCUGCAGCCUGUUACAUCAAGUCUCCCCCUUUCCGCUUUCGCAUCCGCGUGGAUCACCCGAUCCUUGGCAGCCCAACCAUAGACUUAAUGGCAAACCUGUGCAUAUGCAAAGAAUGUCUUUUUUAAAAACACUUUUUAAGUCUUUAUUAAACAUAACUCUGGUUGUGCCGAGUCUUUGAAUCACGA